CAUGAUUCCUCCUUUGGCCUCAUCGGCUCCUUGGUGCUAGUCUCUCUAUUGUUAUGUGGCUCUCAAUGCUGCUCUCGCCGGUUACCAAGCACUGACUUCUGACUGUUUUAAUUAUUUUACGUAGCUUUUAACCCAAGAGAUAAGUAGGAGGCGCUGACAGCUGCUGUUGUAUUCGCAGUUUAAAGGAAUAUCAAGGAUCUCGGCAGAGGACUUGAGCUUGGUGAAGUAGUUUAUCGGGAUGGGACAGACCUGACCGAGGACUGAGAUUCCUCCUUCCAUACGGCUGGUGUCGAGUGUUUCCACUCGGAUUGUAACCCAAAAUACGUGGAGGAAAGACCACAGGACGCAUGUAGUCUAAGUACAACACGGCAGCGGUCGCUUUUAAGGCUUGACGAUGGGUUGUGUCAGGAGCAAAGAGGACAAGGGCCCGGCGCUGAAGUACCGGCCAGACAGCUCAAAUGCUGCGCCGGUCAACGCCCACAUGGGCCACUACGGGCCCGACCCCACCCUGAUGGGUCAUUCCCCAGCCAUGAAGACGCACAACAACAGUUACAACAGUCACGGCGCAAGCCUCACGCCCUUUGGUGGGGCCUCUUCGGCCAUGACACCGUUUGGCGGGGCCUCAACCUCCUUCACCUCGGUGGCUGUGAGCAGUCCCUUCCCUAGUGUCGUCACAGGCGGUGUAACAUUUUUUGUGGCGCUGUACGACUAUGAAGCCCGGACGUCAGAUGAUCUGUCAUUCAAAAAAGGGGAUCGCUUCCAAAUUAUCAAUAACACGGAAGGCGACUGGUGGGAGGCUCGCUCCAUCAACACUGGACAGAAAGGCUACAUCCCCAGUAACUACGUGGCCCCAGCUGACUCCAUACAGGCUGAAGAAUGGUACUUUGGUAAAAUGGGCCGCAAAGAUGCUGAGCGUCUCCUGUUGGUUCCAGGGAACCAGCGAGGCACUUUCUUGGCACGAGAGAGCGAGACCACCAAAGGUGCCUAUUCGUUGUCCAUCCGGGACUGGGACGAGGUGAAGGGAGACAACGUCAAACACUACAAGAUCCGCAAGCUGGAUAACGGUGGUUAUUACAUCACUACUCGGGCCCAGUUUGAGACGCUGCAGAAGCUGGUCAAACAUUACACAGAGCACGCAGACGGGCUGUGUUACAGACUGACGACUGUGUGUCCCACGGUGAAGCCUCAGACUCAGGGCCUGGCCAAGGACGCCUGGGAAAUCCCCCGAGACUCCCUCCGACUGGAGCUCAAACUUGGCCAGGGCUGCUUCGGAGAGGUCUGGAUGGGCACAUGGAAUGGCACCACUAAGGUAGCAAUCAAGACCCUAAAGCCAGGCACCAUGUCACCAGAGGCUUUCCUCCAAGAGGCUCAGAUCAUGAAGAAACUCCGACAUGACAAACUGGUGCCUCUCUAUGCCGUGGUGUCUGAAGAACCCAUCUACAUUGUCACCGAGUUCAUGGGCAAAGGAAGUUUACUGGACUUUCUGAAGGAAGGAGAUGGAAAAUACCUGAAGCUGCCCCAGCUGGUGGAUAUGGCUGCACAGAUUGCAGAUGGCAUGGCCUUCAUAGAGAGGAUGAACUACAUCCACAGGGACCUGAGAGCUGCCAACAUUCUGGUGGCUGAUAACCUGGUGUGUAAGAUUGCCGACUUUGGCCUGGCCCGGCUGAUCGAGGACAACGAGUACACUGCCAGACAAGGUGCUAAGUUUCCCAUCAAGUGGACAGCCCCUGAAGCUGCUCUGUACGGUCGCUUCACUAUCAAGUCAGAUGUCUGGUCUUUCGGUAUACUUCUGACUGAGCUGGUGACCAAAGGCAGAGUACCAUACCCAGGCAUGGUGAAUCGGGAGGUGCUUGAGCAGGUAGAGCGAGGCUACCGAAUGCCUUGCCCCCAGGGCUGCCCCGAGUCCCUCCACGAGAUGAUGAGGCAGUGCUGGAAGAAGGACCCAGAUGAAAGACCCACAUUCGAGUACAUCCAGUCCUUCUUGGAAGACUACUUCACAGCCACAGAGCCACAGUACCAGCCAGGGGACAAUCUCUAGUAUGGGGGAUCUGGGUCAACCCUGGCACGAGAGAUCAAAGCUUUGGACAAGAGAGAGCUACAGCAAGGCCACCCCUGCUGAAAGUGCAGAGAAAGAGGUUUUAGUGCUAGAAUACUACAAACUAGUCCGCAACCACACUGGCAUAUCAGAACUGUCAUCCCUGCCUCUAGACUCAAGGGGGAAAUGGUUGCAGAAGUAGAAAUUGACCUUUGUGUACCUGUGGACAAUUAUUUGGGAAAGUGUCCAAGGGUGCAGAUUGGUACUGGUACACUAAGCUCUGAGAACCCUAUUAAUCAGAAUAAUCCAUAUGGACCGGCCAGAACACUGUGAUCAAAACGAGGGAGUUUUGUCAAAGCAUUGAAUUUCAAAUCGAUGACUCAUUUCCGAUUGCACAGGUUUUGACUUUUGUUUCAAAUAAUAAUCCAACCCCUCCACUACAACCCCCUCCCACCCCGCUACACCCAUCCCCAACUCCGACCCCCACCCCCUUUUUGACUUUUCUUUUACAACAGCCAAGUCUUCAACAUAUUGGAGGCAAGAUCCUUUGUAUGUACAGGAGUUUGGUUUGUCUUAUUUAGGCUGAUAGGAUGUUUUUAAAGUGACCAAUAACUGUGGUUGAAUUGCUAAGUAUGUGCUGUGACUGUAAACCUUGGAUGGAAAGUGAUUAAGUGAAUGAGCAAAUGAAUAGGAUGCACGGUGUAUCUCAGAAUGUAUGGAGAGUUAAAGCAAAUGUAUGUGCAGAGAAAUGUAUUUUUUAGCAGGUGUGAUGAGGCUGAGAAGAGUGAGAAUUUUGGAAAUUAUUUGUACGAUUCUUUUUAAUAUGGUGACUUGAAUGAUAAAUCAUGUGGAUCUUUUAUGCUUUUUUUAUUUUUCAUUUUAAAUGGGGAUUUAACUCAUGAACUUGAAAUCAUGAAAGGUAUUUUGAUAAUUUCCAAGGGUAAAAUCUUUUCUCUGUAACAUUUUAUAAAUGUUUUGUCAUUUCAGCUGUGAAAUUUCAAAUUAUAAGAUUGAGUUCAUUUGUGUCUGAAAUUAGCAUUUUGUCUUUUGUUCAGUGCAGAACUCUUCACAAAAGACUCCCUAUAUUUCUCCUACUAUUGCACACACCCAGCUAGUGUUACUUUGCAAUAGGUAAGUUGGCCCAUGAUAGAUGAUGCAGGGAACUGUCAGAUUUUCUUACUGAGAUCACACCAUUCAAUUUCCUUUUAUAACAUCAUUGCAAGACAUCCUACAUCCAAAGGCAGCAUAAGUUAUUGUAUUCAUAAGUCAGAUCUUAAUAAUUCAUUAGUGAAGACGGUCUUAAUGUAUGUCCUUGGUAUAUGUCCAUGAGGCCCAUCCAAAGCCAACAAUGUGAAAUAAACCUUUCAGAAUCUAAAUCUAUGCAAAGCCAUCCCAUGAUGAUGUUUUAUGGGACAGUACAUCUCAAAUGGUUUUUGCUUAAGUGCUCCUCCCAUGACCUUCCUGUACCAAUUCCUGGCAGUAAAGAUUGUGUAUAAUUUCUGGAGCAAGGAGUAAAAAACUUCAACCAGAACAGAACAAACACCUUGCACAGUUGGUGGCCUGAUCAGAGCUGUAGUGCUAUUAAGGAUAUCGAGAAUAAAAGAGCAAAAAAAUGAUGAGAAGUUAGGUCUUAGAGGUACUUUAAUCCAUUGUCUGUCUAAAGGUCGUUAAUGCAGGAUCUGAGAAGAUGGAAACAACUUCUUCCUGUCAUUCAAUAAGCCUUAGGCGUCGGCAAAGAUGUGAAAAUCACUUUUACCUCUUAUUUCGGCAUGUGCUUCAUGGGAAAUUAAUAUGUGAUUAUUCCCAGAAGUUGGACUUGAACUGGCGGGGAGGGUGAUAAUGAAAUUACUGAGGAUGAAAACUAAUAUGAUUUUGUACAGUGAAAAAAAUAAACGUUUUACUCAAAGGUC